AUGGUGCCACAGCGCAAAUCUAUUUUCACAUGGGAACUUGAACAACAAUGUCAUAAAUUAGCUAAUCAACAAACAUCAAUAACACAACAACAAAUAGAAUCUUUUAACGUUGAACAAAUUGCUUAUAUAUUAAAUCUUCUUCUUAAUCAAAAAUCAUCAAUAAUUUAUGAUAAAAUAAAACAAUUAGAUGUUGAUUGUAACAUAUCAAAAUAUUCCAAUUGGAAUAUUCGUAUUCUUUGGUAUCAAUUAUGUAUACGUGUUAAAUAUUAUGAUGUUUUAGACGAUUUAUUUAAAUUUCUUGAAAUAAAUGGUUGUACAAAAUUCGUUAAACUAUUAUAUGCUGAAUUUAAAUCAUCAUGGCCAAAUAUGAUGUUAAAAGCAGAAAAAUUCUUUCAAGAACAUGAAAGAAUUGAAAGUUCAAUGCAAAUGAAAAUUUUAAUUGAUUUACUGGAUUCAAUCAGAGAAAUUUCACAGUCGUUUAACAUUCGAAAAAAACGAAGCAAAUAUGCACAGGUGGUUGAAAGUUUGAAAGAAUCAAUUACGCAUUUGAUUAAACAAAUCAAAAAUUCUGAAAUAACAAUGGUUGAAAUAAGGAAACAAUAUAUUAGUAUAAUUGAAAACAUGAAUAUAGAAAUUGAUCGUUUAGGACAAGUUGUUGAAGGACAACAAAAUCCUCAAAUGAAAAGAGAUUUCGAAUCUAUUAAGCUAAAUUUUCAAGUUGAAAAAGAUAAACAAUCAAUAUUAAAGACAUCAAAACCACAUGUAGGUGAAAUAUAUAAGAUCCGUGUUGGAUUAGAGUCACGUUUAGAAGAAUUCUUAAGCACUAUGUCAGAGACAAAUUCAUCGUCUUCUAGUAGCACUUCAGCAUCUACAUCGUUAUCAUCACGGAAACAAAAAGGCCAAUCACAAGGGCGAAGACGACCUUGUCUCAUUUGGAAUACAGAAAACGAAGGUAUUGAAGUACUACCUAUAGCCAGUUUUGGCGGAAAAGAUCUUGCAAAAAUCAAAACUGAUAUUCAAUGUACAAUUUCAUCAAAAGAUUUCUUUAACUAUGUGCUAUCAAUUCAUCCAAUUGCAUCUCCACCGAAUAAAAGAUCAUUAAGACCAAAAAUAAUUAAAUCAAUGUCUAAACCUUUAACAGGUUAUUUAAUUUUAAUGCCAAUAGUUAUAAGUGAUUCAACACCUUUACAUGGGCCAAUGCCAGUUGUCUUCGAAAAAAAUGAUAUGUUAUACAUAAAUAAUAAACUUGAUGCAUUAAUUAAAGAAAAACAGGAUAAAAUUAUCGAAAAUAUUGAUUAUUCAAAGAUCAUUGCGAAUACUCAAUAUGAUGACGACGAUAGCUCUAGUCAAGAAACCGCGCAUUCAAUACCAAAUGCUAGAAGUUGUUUAUUUGAAAUAAAUCAUUUCGAUAAAAAUAAUCUUAUUGAAAAUUGGUUGAGCAAGUAUGAUGAUGAUAUAAAAAUGCAUAACGAAUGGCAAUAUAUUGAUGAUUUAGCUUAUAAAGAUUCAAUUGAAUGGAAUCCGGAAAAUGAUGAUCAACUUAAUGAAGCUAGUGUUGAUCUUUAUCUUUAUCCAGUUCUUCAUAUAACUAAUCUAUUACCAAUUGAUAUUCAAUGUUUAUUUGAUAGUGUCGAACAAGUUGAUUUAAAACCAAGCCAACUAAAUGAAAUUGCAUUUGGCGAUAAAUAUUCCACAUUAAUUUUCAUGAUUCCAUCUUAUCACAAAAUUAAAUGGAUCUCAGAAUCAAUCGAUUUAAAAGUUGAACAGAAUUAUCAUUAUAAUGAGCGUUUUAUUAUCUUUCACGAUUCUACUUCUUCUCAUUCUAAACAAACAUUGAAUAUGAUUUUACGUGUUGAUACAUUGCAUGAAUCAUAUAGUUUAUUCUUAUAUUCGCCAUUUUGGAUUAUUAAUCGUACAGAAUUACAACUUGAACUUCAAAUUGAAAAUAAUCGUACAUUUAUUGAAAUGACUGAGACACCGCUUUUAUUUUGUCUAGAAAAUUUUGAAAGUGAACCAAACAAAAAAACACAGGGACAACUUCGUCUUUAUGAUAUUGAUAACGAAAAUAAUACAACGAUUUGGUCAGAAAAAUUUUCACUUGAUAUUACUAAGAGUACUAGUAUGGCAUCUUGUAAAGUACCAAAUGAUCGAAUUUGUGUGGAUGUUUUAAUAUCUUCAUUUGGUUUAACAAAGAUUAUUACAUUUUCACCAUCAAUAGCUAUUAUUAAUAAAUCAACUGUUGAACUUGAAGUUGUUGAAACAAUAUCAGAUAAAGAACAAGAUAAAUGGAAAUCAGUUAAUCCUAAAGAAAUAAUUCCAUUUUGGUCACAUAAUAUAAAAGAUGGUAUAAUGUGUGAUCAUUACAAACACAGUCGUGCAGCAUCAAGUUCAUUUAUGAUGAAUGAAAAAUAUAGAACACUUCUACGUAUGAAUGAUAAAGAACGACCAGUAAUUUAUGUGAGAGUAUCAGCAGCUAAUUUUGAUGGUUUAAGAGUUAUUUUUGGCGAUUAUAAAAUUGAUGAUGCACCUCUUCUUGUUAUUAAUUGUUUAAAAAAUGAUUCUGUUUCGUUUUCUCCAAUUAAUAAUGUACGAACAAAAAUUUUACCACCACAAAAUUAUGUUUAUCAUGCAUGGUUAGAUUCAUCAAAAUCAAAAGAAUUAGUUAUUUCAUGUGGUUUGAAGAAAACAAAAUUGGAAUUAACGUCUCAAUGUGGUUUUCUUGGAAAAAAUGAUGAUUGUAAUCUGAGUUAUACUAUAUGUGUUGUUGGCACUCAAACUAUUUUACUCGUUACUGAUGAUUCAGAAAUUAUUGAAGCAGCUUCUGCAAUGUCAUCAUUAGCUCAAUCAGGUCAACCUGCUCAAAUUGUUUUUCAUGAUAAUGGAUUAUCACUUGUUAAUUCUAUAACUGAAGAAGAAAUGCUUUAUAUAAGUUUAAAUAAAUCGAAAGUUAUUCGAGCAAAAACAAGAACAUGUUUUCUUCGACCAUAUAUUGCUCAUGAAGUUAUGGGCUUUUCCAUUUUAAAUAUUUUGCAAGAAAGGAAAUAUGCCAAAUCAGAUACUUAUAUUGCACAUAUAACUUGUUCAGAAAAUCCACCAUCUUGGUUAAUGGCUACAUCAAAACGGUUAUUAUUUGGAACUAAAAUCUCACUUUUUGAUUUAUAUAAAAAUUGA